GAUUGGACCAGCUGCGUUUAGAAAGAACAGACAAGUGAAGGUCCGAUCGGGCGACCGCCAGUAACCAGGCUUUCGCCCUGAAACGCAAAGAGCAGAGCAAUAGAGGCUAACACCCACUAGUCAAAAGUAAGAAGAAUGAAUGGGAGAGUGGAGAAAAUGGCCCCGCAAAGGCGCAAAGACAGAUCAGCGCGUCCAUACGAAGACGAAGUGCAAUGCGGAGACGCCGGCGCGUGGCACUAAACUCUCAACUCAGGCCCAAAGAAUUUUCGCCAAUCUACCGCCUGCUGAGAUCAGCUGUGCAUCCCUGUUUUGCCGGCUGUCUUCUGCACGUGAUAAUGGUGUGACCUUGCAGUGAGACGAGAUAAGGACAGCUGAAUGAUGCCUUCGCUUAGACUUUGAUGUGCGACGCUG